AUGAAUGACAACACUCGGGUAACCAUCCAAUGGUUCAACAACCCUCCCGGCGGUCCAGACACACUGCACAAAGGAGAGACUCGGGAGUACCCAGUUGUUCCAGAAAUGGAGCUUCUGAAGACAGGGUUCUCCAACAAAACUGUCAAAAUUACCAGCACAAAUAACAUCACGGUCCAGGCCAUCAACUGUAAAAAAACCAGCACGCAGACAUCUCUGGUUAUGCCAACGGACCAACUGGGCACAAAGUACUUCAUCCCACCGAUCCCCAACAUCCAAGGAACGACAGUCCCUUCGGACAUCGUCACAACAGCUGUGACGGAAAGAGCUCCGUUCAAACUCGUUAUUGUCAAUACGGACAAAGUAAACCAAGUAACCGUUGGAAAUAACCAAAUCAUUUCCCUUCACCCCUACGAGCUCAGUCAGGUCUUGGUACGAGACAACGCAUUGCGAACCGUCCAAGCCAACAGUGCGGUUGCUGUCCUCUUUGGUCACACUUGCGCCAUGAAGGACAACUGUACCUGCGGGCAGCUGUACGCAACGCUGCCGCCCGCCAACAACGAGACGCUGAAGUUCUACAUUCCUCUCAUUCUGGCCCAGAACGCUUCAGCAUUCGUACUUCUGUCAGAGAGAGGAUCUACCACCAAAGUACUGGCCUUCAACGAGGACUUGCAGCUGGUCGAGGCGGCCGGCUCGGCCAUCUUCUACCGUCCAGGCUUACUCCUCACUCUGAUCCCAGACAAGGACUUCGGCAGCUGUUAUGUCGUCAACACCAUCCCUGAUAUGCAGACCUUCGCCCUGAUCGUGGUCAACAAGAGUCUCACCGACGGGGUUCAUAACGGAACGCUUCCUUUGCAGAAUCCACAAUGGCAGGAGCUGAAAGGAACAGAGUACGUCUCGACACUUGUUGCUGUGGGGAAUCAGAGCGUAAUCUGGCAUGCUUCCUCUAAAAUGGCUGUCUACUUUUUUGGAAAGAAGGACAGUGCUUGGUUUGGGAACCCAGCGCCCGUCAUCAGUAAAACCCCAGAUUUCAGGGGUUGCGUCUUGUCUCCAGAGGUCGUGAAAAUCGCAGACGUGGCGGUUGGCUGGCGAGAAUCCCUGAAGUACUGCAAAGACAAGGGCCUGGACCUGAUCAGCUUCCCCAAGGCCCAACUCCAGAGUCACAUCUACGAAAAAAUCCUCCAGCUCAAUAAUCACACGGUGCAGGCAGUGUGGAUCGGCAUGCGCCGGAGCUCCCGGUCUGGCGAGUGGUACUGGCUGAAUCAGCAACCGGUCAGCGCCACCAACUGGGAUGAGGGGGAGCCCGGCACGAUAUUUGAUGGCCAGUGUGUUCUCAUGAGUCUGGAAACGGGCAUGGACUUUGUCUGGAGUGGCAAGGACUGCUGCAUGCCAGCUUAUUCCAUCUGCUACAAAGAACCCGUAUUGUUUUGGGGUUGA